UUUCACAGAGAGAUACGAAUCAUUUGAAUGAAUCGUUACAUAAAUACAAUCAAAUGAAUCAAUCGAUUCAUAAUUGCGAUGAUUUGGAAAGCGUUGAAACGAUUUCUAUUUCCGAAAAGAAAACGUCGAUUUCUCCGACUUCGAUGUCCGGCAAUAUUCUUCAGGAAAUACUUUAUUCAAAUGAAAGUCAAGAGAUUAGACCCACAAAUCAAGACUUUACUAAACAUUUAACAGUCGCUCAAAACAAAGUGGAGAAUUUAACGCAGCUUUUAGAAGAGAGUGAAAGCAAUAAUAUGUUAAUCACUGAACAAAACAGAGUCUUAAAGGAAGAGAUCCGAAGACUUGAGCGCAGUAUUGAACGCAUAGAAAUGGCCGACAAUUUAGAGUAUUUGAAGAAUAUUAUUGUUAAGUUUAUAACAUUGAGCGGUGAGGACGACAGGCAACGACUUAUUCCAGUGUUGACUACAAUUUUGAAGUUAAGUCCAGACGAACAGAAUUUGUUCCAAACAUUUACUUCCAUUGACCAAAACAACGGUCCAAAUAAAUGGAGUGAUUAUCUCUACAAUUGGACUAACGAUAAAUGAGUGCAAUCUGUGAUCUAAUUAAUUAUAUUUAGUUUUUUAUUAAUUUAAAACAAAUUAUGUUUUUGUCUUUUCA